GUCAACCAUAAUUUAACUACGUGCAUGGUGUUAGAUACGUCUUUAUGUUAGUGUUUGGUCACAUGGCUUAUUCCUAAAUCUGCGUAUUUGUAAAACAAGCAGCUCUGCAGCUCGGGCUACUACGCUUGAUAAAAGUCAUCGGAGUGAGGAAGACGGCGGGGUGCCGGCUGCUCUUCAUCCCCGCUGCGCUCCUGGACGUGCGUGCAGAGCGAACCGGCCGCCAGUGCGGUGACAGCUUCACCUGCGGCAGCAUUCCGGUAAUCCCCGUUUGAAAAAGCUCUGACCUGGGGGGGGGGCACUCUGAACCUGUCACACCACACCAGUGCGGCCAAGCAAAGCAGCCACCUGCAGAGAGGGACACGAGGUGUGAGAACUUCAGAGGAAAGUUCUCUCAGUUUAUCCAGAGGGUCAGAACUGGGUCAUAGCUCUCAGAAGUAGCCCAUUGAACUUAAGAACCACCUGAAGAACUUCUCAACGAGCUGUGGAUCUGACCAGAGGAACACAAUGAGCAACAAUGUAUCGGCAGUACAGGACUACUACGAUUACGCAGACUGGUAUGACAAUGCGGAGCCUACUAAACCUGCAACAGAGGUUAUCGUCCCAUGUGACCCCACUGCCGAUGACUGGCUGUUCCACACAUCCAUCGCGGUCAUAUCUUGUAUAGUCAUGUUGAUAUUGGCUGCAGUGACCAGAUGGAAACGGCGGCAUCGAGGUUUCGGGAAAGAUGCUGCAGGGUUACUCAGCCCAGUGAACUUCCUGGAGCAGACGCGGCACAGAGGGCUGGCCGUGGCCGUGUUUGGGAUGAUCUUCUGCAGGCUGUGUGUGCUGCUGCUGGCCCAAUCCCCCCUGCCCUUCUCCAACAGCCAGGAAAACAAAGAGUACUGGAAGAUCCUGGGUCUCUUCUACUACCCUGCCCUGUACUUCCCCCUGCUCGCCUGCGGGGGGCUGCGCAGUCAGGUGGGCUAUGCACUGGGCAGCCUCCUCUCCUGGACGCACCUCGGAGUCCUCGUCUGGCAGAAGGUCGACUGUCCUAGGACCCCUGAGAUCUACGCCUAUUACUCCCUGUUAGCGAGCCUGCCCCUGAUCGCCUGCCUGGCCUUUCUCAGUCUGCUCUACCCAAGGCUCCUGUUCAUGGCCCUGAGGAGCAGCCGGGAGGUCAGCGUGUCUGAGGACCUCGACAGCAGCUACUACAGAGAUUACGUUAAAGAAAUCCUGCAGAAGAGACCUACACCAGACGACAGCUCUUCCUGCGCGACCAAGCCUAAGCUGCCUGAGAGGAUAUUUGAUGCCUUAAAGUCGUAUAUCUCCAGCCCGGAGGAAGUCUUCCAGCUCCCUCUGAAGCUGACCAUCUCAGCGAUGAUCUCCUUCAUCGCAGUCUAUCAGGUGGCGCUGUUACUCGUGAUUGCAGUGGUACCCACGCUUCAGAAGGUCCGUGCUGGAGUCAAUGAAGAGGUCGUUUAUCUUCUGGCUGGCUUCAAUGUCAUUCUGUCCCAGGAUCGGGCGGAGGUGAUCCAAAUCGUGGUCCACUACAUGUGGUGCGUGGAAGUGUGUUACCUCUCAGCGAUGACUCUGUCCUGCCUUGCCACCCUGGUGAUGCUGGCGAGAUCCGUGGUCCUGCACAAGUCCAACCUCAGAGGGCUGUAUAGGGGCAACGUCCACAAUGUUCUCAAUCGCAAGAGAAUAGCCCGCCCAUCACGACAAGCCCUGGUCUGCUGGACGGGCUUCACUGCAUACCAAGCUGCCUUCAUCUGCCUUGGUAUGGUCAUCCAGACGCUGGUUUUCUUCAUCUGCUUCCUGUUCGCUGUGUUCCUGGUCCUCAUUCCCAUCCUGUACGGACGGAACUUCGUGCUCUUCCGUAUCCUCCGGAACAUGUGGCCCUUUUGGACGACGCUGCUCCUGAUCACGGUUCUUCAGCAUGCAGCCUCCAAGUUUGUCUUCCUUAAGAACGAUGCAGGAUCCAGAGAACUGGUCAACAGGACCAGCCUUUCCCUGAUGGCCUACCUGCUCUUCCCAGUCAACGUUCUGCUGGGGGUAGUACUGGGGGUGUGGAGAAUUGUAAUCACGGGCCUCUUCAACAUCGUGCACCUGUGUCGCAUGGACAUCAGCCUGCUCAGCCCGGGAAUGGAAGCCUUUGACCCAGGAUACUGCUGCUAUUCCUAUUACCUGAUGAUGGAGGCGAGCCAGUCACACCCAGUGAUGAAGGCUUUCUGUGGCCUGCUCCUGUGCUCCGUGGUGGUGGGGGGCCUUCCCGGCCUGCAGCUGCGUGAUGCAGAGGAAGGAGUCCGGCUGGUCCAGAAGGAGAAGAAGCCGACGCUCAAGUCCAGUGCCAGGAGGGCUCGGGCACGGUGGCUGCUCCUCUACACCCUGGUGAACAACCCCGCUUUGGCAGCUUCUAGGAAACACUUCGGGUGCCAGUGCUCGGAGAGCUUCCUGAACGGGACGCUUAGCCGCGCGACCAAGGAGGGCGCCGACAAUGGAACCGGAAGGGGAGCAAGCGCGCGCGGGCUUGCGAUGUGAUUUACUCUGCAGCGCAUCUGUUCCGUGCGUGAAAUACUCGCCGGUUGCUGGAGUCGUUGUUUUCACGAUGUUCACGUACUGUCCAGUAAUGGCACUUUCCCCAGUACCAGGAUCCUGUGAUAGCACUGUUAUUAAACACUGUAAUCGAUGUUUUCAUUAGUAACAAAUAUAGAUGUUUUUUCAAGAAACACUAUUUUCUAUGAGCGAAAUAAGCCAUUGUUCGCGCGGCCCUUAUGUAGCCUAAGUUCUCUGUUUUUUAAAUAGGCUAGAUGAAAUCCGCCACGAAAUAAAUUGAAUUAAAUUAAAA